UUACAGACUACUCCGUACCUUCUUACUACGCAAGAACAGUCUUCCAUCCACCAUGGCACCGUCUUACAUGCUCCUCGAUCAACGGUCCUACCACUCAGCGGGGCCGCAUCUGAUGAAGCGCGAUCUCAGCGUCACCCACGCCCAGGCAGUGACCCUCGGGGUGAUGGGUGCAUACGUUGUCGUCAUCGCGUUGCUUUGGAAUCUGCCCUAUGUUCGCUGGUCGCUUUGGCCGUUCAAGAUGCUCGUCAUCGCGUUCCACGAGUUCGGCCACGCCAUCACCGCAUGCUGCACCGGUGGCCGCGUCAAAAGCAUCUCGCUAGACCCGCACGAAGGUGGCGUCACGCACAUGUCGGGCGGAAUCAGCGCCGUGACCCUGCCCGCCGGCUAUCUGGGCUCGUCGAUCAUCGGAUCGCUGUUGAUCUUCGCCGGGUUUGACAUCGUCGCCAGCAAGGUGGCCAGUAUCGUCUUGGGGGUGUGCUUUCUGCUCACCCUGUGGUGGGCGCGCAAGGAUUGGCUCACGAUCGUCACGAUUCUCCUAGCCGUGGGGCUGCUGGUCGCGUGUUGGUUCAUCGCCCAUGGCCAGGCUCUGAAAUGGGUGGUGCUCUUCAUCGGUGUUAUGUCGGCCCUUUAUAGUGUCUGGGAUAUUUGUGACGACUUAAUCCUUCGCAAAGUGAAUACCUCGGACGCCAGCCAGUUCGCCAAGCGGUAUGGUGGCUCUUCGCAGUGCUGGGGGGUCCUCUGGUCCUUCAUUUCCCUCGCGUUCAUCGCGAUUGCGAUUGUUGCUGCCAUUGCUGCAUUCCGCGAGUCGUUCAGUCAGCAGGAGAAGGACUCUCAGCACUUUAUCCCGACACGGUGAACGGGACUUGUAUUCGUGUUGCGAAUGCAGCCUUGAUGACUUAUGAAUAUUUGUCCGUGUUGAAUACCCCGCUUGAGAGGAACGCAGGCUGUCGCUGUGCAUGAUUUUGUUGUGUUUAUCGUUUGUUAGCGCCUAUUUCCGGAUCUGCUGGGCAGAUGAGAUGGGAGUAGUUGCAUUUCUAGUCUAAAGCUUGAAUCAUGGCGUGCCAUCCGCGAUGUUGAUACGCCUUUUUUGGGGAAGGAUCACAGUCUGAAGUGUUGCCAGACUUUAACAGUACCUUCUCAUGCAGCAGAUAAAUAGAAUUGUUUCAGGAAUCCUGUAGAAAUUAUCAUGGGCAUUUGGAAGUUGAC